AUGGAAAACACGGCUAAAAAGAAGCCUAACGAAAAGAAAGUAAAAAAACAAACGAACGAUGUUAAGGAGCGCAUACUGAGCGGGCGAGCCCUUCUCUGCUUCGACGAAGAAAUUGAAUUCGACAAAUGCGGCCCUGUCAGUGCAGAUCAGGUUGAGGACACGACAGACAAAAAGAAAAAAAAAGCAAGUGAUGAAAAAGCGAAGAAUACUUCGUUAGACAGUGCAAAAAUAGGUCCCAAAAAGAAACGCCUCAAAAAAACGAAGGAAGGGAUAAAAGAUGAGACACACGAUACCUCAAAGGAUAAAGAAAAAAUCAAGGAAAAAAAAGAAAAAAAAAAAGGGACGGAAAUUCCCAACAUUAGUAACAGUAAAUACAAUGAUGGUGAAGACGAAAUUAAUAUUUACAAAAAUGUAGAUAAGGAUGGCCCAUCAAAUUUAAACCAAGACGAUGUGUUUAACGAGGUAGACACCUCCACCAAUAGUUCUGCAAGCCCCAGGAUUCAGAGAAAUAAUAUCGAAUUGAAAAAAAAGAGUUCGUCAAAAUUCAUAAAAUUACAAAGUAGUAACAAUGGUGAAGUGUUGAAUGAAGAAAAUGAUGAACAACUAAAUAAAUGGAUCGAAACUUUGCCAAGUAUCAAUUCCGAAAUAGGAAGCUUACUGAAUAAUCCUCUCCCCUGUUACAGCAUCCUUAACAAUAUUAAAAGAAUCAACAAAAUAAAAAGUAUCGCAUAUAAUGAGAAUGAAAAUGAAAAUGACGAAAUGUUGUAUACAAUUGAAAAAUCUAGUAUUAUGUUUAAUUCGAUAAAACUCACCACCAGGGAAAAGUACAUCAUCAGGUUCCUGUGCGAAGGGUCUUCCCACACUUUAUCCGAGUUGGUCGAAUUGUUGUUUUAUGUCCUCAACAAUGACGAAUUAGUACGUGAUAAGUUCCCUAUAAACACCGCACCCAGUUCUGACAAAGCAGGAGGCAACGCUACGUUUGCGCUGAACCAAGCCGAUAAGAACCAAAACGGGGAAGAGACCAACGAGCCGCUCGACAGAGGUGACGAAAAUGAAAAAAGUCGCGAAAGUCACCAAAAUCAAUGCCACUUAUCCAUGGAUAAUUUCUCCGAUGAGGAGUACUACUCUGACGAUGCUGAGAAGGGAGACUAUAACAUCCAUAUCAGUAGGGAGGACCUCCUCUCAAGCAUCCCCAUUUUACUGAGCAGGAAAAGUCUAGGAGAUAAUAUGAAAAAAAUGAAUGUUAGUAAAAACGAAAAUAACGAAAAGGAAUGCCUAUGGGUUUGGGAAAAUGACAACUACGAGAUAUUCCCCUCGUAUUAUAAAGAAAUAUUUAAAUAUUUCAAAGAAUUCAGAAAUAACCUAAGCAAAAUAUAUAAAACUUUAAUCAAAUUAAGGAACUCUAUUGUGAUAAUUAACAAAAACACGUGGAAGGAGUUCAACCUGAUAUAUAAGGAGAACAUUUACGGAUGCCAGUACAUGUCUUGGGGAAAGGAGAAUAACCCCUUCAUAUACCUCUCCGAAAGGAACAAUCCGAAGAACACUUUGGACAAUUAUGACAUUAAGAAAUUAAUAAAGCAUUCUCAUGGGAAGGCAACCAAAAAGGAUGUUCUAGUGGAUCAAUUCAAGCUGAAAAAUGAGCAUCUGACGAAGGCCGAUACGGAGCGGAAAUUCAAGACUUAUUUGGUGUACAAAAAGUGCGAGGAUAACAGAAAGAAAUGGAUGGCCUCGGAAGAGGGAAUUAAAUUAUUUAAGAACGAGCAACUGCUGACCAAAAUUUAUGACAUCCGCAAAAGAAAGCUAAACCUAAUUACACAAAAAAUGGAACAAGUGAAGAGACAAAAACGGGUGGACAAAGAAAAUUUAAAAAAGGAAGAGAAAAUAAAAAGGAAGGAAAAAUCAAAUCAAGAAAAAUUAGCAAAUAAGGACAACAUGAAAAAGGAAGCAGUGAAGGACUCAGAAAAAUUGGAAAAGAAGGAAACGAUCACGAAGAAGGAGGCGGCAAAUAUUCUCCAAAAGAUAUCUUCAAGUAGCUCCCUGACUGGUAAGAAGAAAAUAAAGAAGUGA